AUGGCUUCAUCCACAAAGGCAGCCCGCUUGGGCGAGGAAGUCUGGAAGACUCGUGUGGACAAAGUCAGCGCCGAGCUCGUCACUCUCACCUAUGGCACCAUUGUCGCUCAGCUGUGCAAGGACUACGAAUACAACUACGUCGACGUCAACAAGCAGCUGGAAAAGAUGGGCUACAAUAUCGGGGUACGGCUGAUCGAGGACUUCUUGGCCAAAACAAGCGCACCCGUCUGCACAAACUUCCGCGAAGUCUCCGAGAUGAUAUCAAAAGUUGGCUUCAAGAUCUUCCUCAACAUCACGCCCACAAUCACAAACUGGUCGGCAGACAACAAGCAGUUCUCCCUGGUCUUCGACGAGAACCCCCUGGCGGAUUUUGUAGAGCUUCCCGAUGAUGGCCGGGCGCAGGACGAGCUGUGGUUUUCGAAUAUACUGGUCGGAGUACUUCGUGGAGCACUGGAAAUGGUGCACAUGCAGGUUGAAGCCCAUUUCAUCAGCGACGUCCUACGAGGGAACGACAGCACCGAGAUGCGGAUAUCGUUGAUCCGUUACAUCGACGAUGAGAUGCCACCAGACGACGAAUAG